AUGUGUCGUUGGCCAGUUUUCUUGUUGGUGGACCCUUGCGUUCAGCUUGAAGCUGAAAAUAGGUAUCAUGUUGCACUGAACAAAAGAACUUGUUUUGUAGACGGAGUGGAAGAAGGCGAAGCGGUUGUUGGUGAAUUGGCGCGGGAUAGUCCAAACAAAAAUGUUUCCAGUGGUCAGCCGCUGCUGGAUGUUACGAAUGAUUCAGUUCCUGAUUUGGUUGAUUGA